AUGGUCAUAUCCGAUCCUGAGCCUCUUCCUCCUCUGAGCUUGGUUGCCAACCCAUCACUGUGCUGGACAAGGCGGUGUGAAGGUGAUCUCAAAAAUCUACAAGCAAUUCCACUAUGGCGUUCUCAUGACACUCCCUUGCGCUCUCUUUACCGUAUGUACGAGGCAGCGAUGGCUGGAGAUAGUAUGAAUGCAGUAAUCGGAUAUGAAGUUGAAUACUUUUGGUAUCACAGUGAGCAUUCCUGGCAGCUGGAACGGAUCCCUGACCCAAAAGACCCUGACCCCAUCCGCUAUGCAAUUCUUGUCUGUCUUGUCGAAUCCAUGCCCGAGGCUUUCAAUUUUAAGCUCAGCAAAGGGAUGAGGAGAGAUGGAAAUAACAUUCCUCCAGGUGAUUGGGAUGGUGUGAACAAUCCAUAUGCCCCUUACACUCCAGUGGCCGGGCCAGAAUGGACAAAACAUGUGGCCCCGAUUGAUAGAGACUAUCUACGAGAUGUGAUGCCCGAGAGACUGCUCGAUUCGAGGGCGACACACUGGGUACCAGCAGAAGGUAUUGAACAUAAAUACUGA